CUACAUGUAUGCAGUCAUGAAAGGUUGGCUGGUAUCAUUAAUGUUGGCACUAGCUCUCUGGCACCUUACCAAGACCUACUUGAUAUCAAACUUGGCCGGGUUAUUACAUGAUGUAGCUGUCACAGGCAUCGUUGAAUACAGCAAACUCAGUGACGCUUUGCCAUGAAGACAAAUGAUAAGGAGAUGUGGCAAUAUCCUGUAUGUAUUUUAUGCACUGGUGAAAAACAAACUCUGAACGGCACGGGUUGGCAUGGAUGGGAUGGGGACGGAGAUGGGACGGAGAUGGGAAGAAAACCAACGACAAGGGCUAAGGGAACAAAUGAAGAGAAGGCAAGAACUUUGUCCAAAUUCUGUUCCAAGAAGAAAAACAAAAGAGAGAUAUGCACACAAUGGGCUUUGCAAUCAAGUUUUCACUGUUACCCUACUCUGAAGAGGAAGAGAAUAAUGACAUGGACAAGCAGCUGGGGCUGUCGGACAAGUUCCAGCUGGUUCUCCUGGUUGCAAGACGAGUCCAGAAUUACUUGGGUUGGCUGGCAGACGGCUUAGAAAAAAUACAAAAUCUUGUCUUGUGGGGCAACCCAGAAGCUACCCAGAAGCUCUACACAAGCCUGCUCUGCGCGUUUAUUGCAUCUGUGAUCCUGCCCGGGGAAUGGUUCUUCAUUGGUGCAGGAAUAUUCCUUGGGGUGAAGCUUUUCAUCACAGACAACAUAUUCAGCAGGUUCCCACGUGUGAAAGCUAAGUAUGACUCCUCCUACAUCAUGUGGCAAUCACUACCCACUCACGCCCAGAAACAGAGGAAGAACACUCUGGAAAGAAGAAGAAAGUAUGUCAUACCAGCUGUUGCCACGGAAACAACCCCCGCUGAGGGUCAAGGGGACUUUCUGGAGAUGUUCUCCCUGCCACCAGAGGAACUGCCGUUGCCAGGAUGGCAGUCAGGAAAACGAUGCACACAGAUUGUCCGAGAUAAAACGGUCUCCUUCAAAAAUGGCAGACUGUAUCUUACAAGAAGCUUUCUUUGUUUUGAGCGAACUCGAUUGAAGAAUCGGGUGGACAAACACAUCGUUCUCCCGCUAGCUGACAUUAUCACCAUUGAAAAGGUGAAGCCUUUCUUUCUUCUCCCGGGCCCGGGGAUGUCCAUUGAAGUCCGUCUGGUCUCGGAGGAGAAGCCGUACGUCUUUGGUGCCAUCCUGAACAGAGACGAGGUCUACGCGGUCAUCCUGAGGCAAGUCUGUUCCGUGCGAGAUGUGCGAAUGACGAACGGCAAGGCCAAACGCAAGGAAACACCCACUGCCAGGGACAGCAGAAUAGCAAGUACCAGCACUAGCAGUGAUCAGUAAAAGCUACUCAUAAAAUAUUGAAUAUUCAUGUGCCCAUAGUCACAUGGCAUGCUGAUCAUGAAAUUAGCAUGAAAUAUUCAUACGUGGUGAUGGCUUUGUAAUCAUAUCGGGAAUAAGCAAUAUAGACUGUAUAUUGGUUGUCAAAUCUUUGUUAGGAAAAAUGCAUCAUAAUUGUCAACAGGGCAAAAUAAAUAGAAUUUUAAAAAACGUGUUCUUGUUGAAGGUUGACAAACCAUCAUGUAAAGUCAACACUGAAAUUGCCAUAAAAAGCUUGUGUUUUUUUGGACAGAGUAUAAAUGUGUGGGGAUAAAUAGGUCAAGAUGUAGACAUUCCGCCUCAAAGGUGACCAUACGUGACUUCUAAAAUUGUUGGAUUCAUUUUAUUUUUGAUUUCUUCAAAAUACGAUUAUUGACUUUAAUUUGUACUGAAAGGUCACACAAACAAAUAGUUAGAUUGUGUUGAGGGAAUGUAGGGAUAAGUAAGGGUAAGGCCAUUUCAUUUGUGUGUGUACAUGUAAAACAAAAUCAGUGUUUCUACACUGAAUCUAGAGAUAGACUUUCAUAUUAUAGAUACUAAGAUGAAAACAAAGCAAGUGAACUUUCCUCUAUUUCUCCAAAUCUCCACUUGUUGAGAUGAGUUCUUCAUGAGAAUUCAGUCUGCUGGCUUAGUUGUAGGACGAAAAACUUCUUUUUAGGCAUUUGUUAAUAUUGAUUUUUAUCAGUGGGCAGAUGUUUAACAACUUAUAACGAACCACUCAUUGGUCUGGUGGCUUAAGUUCUUGAGGGUAUGCAAUGUAUGCUCAGAUAGGGACUGGGUACUAGAUGUAUUGAACUCACAUUUCCUUGUGUUGUACUGAUCUACAACUGGUUGUUUUCGAUGUCAAUUAGAUGGCCUUUUUUGUAUUUGCACGUAUUCUUUUGUCUUUGGAAUUCAUACAUGUGCCUGCAGUACUUUGAGCUCCACAUUUUGAGGGUUUUUACCAUUGAUUGCUAUUGUUGAGCUGUCUCUAGACACUGUUUCUAGCCAAUGCAUCUGUAGUUACAGUACUUGUACGUAUGCAGUUAUUCAAGGAAAUACACUAGACUGUAUAGGUGUACAUGCCAUGCAGCUGAAAAUUUGUCAGUUUGGACAAGUUGGCACAUCUGAUUGAAUUGACUUUUCUAAUUGAGUUGAACUGCUGUGUUGAUUCGCCCAGAUGACCUGAGUUGAUUUUCCAAAUUGAGUUGACUGGGAAUGUUGACUUGUCCAAGUGCGUCGGUCCAGUAGACUUGUCUCAUCCGGUCGGCUAGUCAGGACUAAGCUUGUUCAAAUAAGGUGGCUAGUCAAGUGUAUUCAUCUUAUUGAGUUUGACCAAUCACGUGGAAUUGGCUCAUUAAGUCAACCAAUCAAGUGGCCUCGGCUGAGUGAGUUGCCCAAUCUGGUCGACUUGUUCACUACAGUUGACCAAUCAGGUGCUCUUUGUCUAACAGAGUUGACCAACAAGGUGGGCUUGUCUGCACUGACAAAUCAAACUGACUUGUCUAUUGGGUCGUUUAUAUCAAUUUCAAUUUUGUACUUACUGUCAGCUCAGAAAUGUUCAAUGCAAUAGUUUGCUGUGGAACUUUUUAAAAAUCAGUGUUGAAGAUCAACAUCUUUAGUCAUUCUAUUUGUAACACAAGUGUCGUUCAUUCUGAUAAGAGAUGAGAUGAUUUGAAAGUUUAGGAAAAAAAUGUUGAAAAAGAAACUUUUUAUGUGAGUUUAUAUGGAGUGUCUAAUUUUAGCGUGUUUUUCAGGCAGAAAUAUCAAAUUUGAAAACAAAUUGCAAAUUACAGCAUUUCUUAAGUAGAGAUAUCAGUAUUUCGCAGUACCUUGGCCUUGGGCCUGAAAUAUAGUGAGAGGCACGUUUGAA